GGAUCCGAUGGUUCCCACCCACGCGCAAACGCGCGCGCGCGCGAGGCAGAGAGCUGACGACAUCUGUUUGUGGCUAUGCUUUUGCGGUGAAGGGAAUGUCUAGACGAGAGGGUGGAUUAGGUGCUAUCGUGGUCGGGUGUUGUAAUACGGUCUGGAUGGGUAGUGGUCUAUGUGCACCUGUGCCUUACUUGUCUUACUUUGUUUGGGUUAUACGGGGUGGUGGUGGUGGUACCUGUGCUGUACAUGGGCACGACACUAACUAUCGGAUGGGUUUGAGUUUCAGGGCGAGAGGUUUGUCCACGGGUAUAGUAUGGGGUAGAUGUCAUGUCGGAGUGCUUUGUCUGCGUAGGAGAUGAUGGAUAUCAGAUGAGACUUCUGGGAUGUACUGAAUGGAUGGGUGGUUGGGGGUUGUCUAUCGGUUGACGAGGUAGAAUAAAAUGUGUCCCCCUUAGUUUGAUUAGACAAUUGGUAGGCAAUCGAUAAAAGAAAAGAUAACGAGUUCAAGAAAGGUAAUGGCA